AUGGCCACCGCCGCUCCGGUGUCCGCCUCCCGCACAUCGCCGUUCCUCCCGACUCUCAUUGAGCGCAUAGCUCUCGGCGCGUUCCCGGGCCUGCUCAUCUUCGGCUCCGUAUUCUCGCUUCUCUCCCCGUCGACCCGAUCGCUUACCUACGACCAUGUCGCGCAGACGCACCACCAUGCGGGCGGCAGCGAGCCGAGCUACUUUGCACGCAAGUCCAACAUGUUCAACGUCUACUUUGUCAAGGUUGGCUGGAUGUGGCUGACGCUUGCAUCGGCGCUCUUCAUCGCAACGCACCCGAGCUUCGGGUCUGCCAAGCGCCGGGCACAGGCUGCGCUGCGAUGGGCCGCGGUGACGGGCUGGUGGGUGCUAGUGACGCAGUGGUGCUUCGGCCCGCCCGUGAUUGACCGCGGCUUCCGCUGGACCGGAGGGAAAUGCGACUUGGCCGAGCUUGGAAUUAUACACGGAACGGCGGGCAGCGCGGAGGUGUUUACGGCGGUUGCGUGCAAGGCUUCGGGGGGUAAGUGGAAGGGCGGCCAUGAUAUCUCGGGUCAUGUCUUUCUGCUGGUUCUUGGCUCGUCGUUGCUCAUGAAUGAGGUUGGAUGGGCUGUUGCUCGCUGGACCGGCUGGCUUUCGGAGGAGCGCCGUGUAGUGAUGCCCGACGGAGCGGUUAAGAGUGCCAGCAUCGAGGCUGAAGUUGCCUUUGCGAGUGGGAAGGGGAAGCCGGCGUUUGGAGUUGGUGGUAAGGUGGCUUUGGCGGUGUUGGGGUUGAACUUGUGGAUGCUACUGAUGACGGCGAUUUACUUCCAUACGUGGUUUGAAAAGUUUACUGGUUUGAUUACGGCAUUUGUUGGUGUUUACGGCGUGUACUACGUGCCACGCUUUGUACCGGCGUUGAGGCAAGUUCUCGGAAUGCCUGGAAUGUGA